GCCAAGAUGUUCUCCUUGACAUCACGGAUCGCCGCUACCAGCUUCUGAAAAAGCAUAACCUGAGCUUCGCCGUGGUUCCUGCAACCUACAUCUGGGAGGAGGGGUCAAACGAGCCAAACCAUCUCUACGAGGCCAAGGCGCAGUGGUCAUCUCUUCAGCUUGCUGUCUACCAGUCCCUGGCCGCCAUUGCGCAUGACCUGCUUGGAUGCAACGGUACGACAUCCCUUCAAGAUUUGGCUGGAAAAGGGCCUCUUGAAAUCGUUGAGGGCAAGCUUACAAUGGUCACCGAAUUCGGGCUGGUCUUCUGCACCAAGCCCCACACCCAGGACGAACCGCACUGCAGUCAUUGCCGCUACACUAACUGCUACCACGCCCCCAUGCCCACCUGCUUCUGCGACUUUCAGAAGUUUGUUGAGUUCUCCACCAAGGAGCAGCUGAUGGCCAUGAAAGCGGACCUGCGCGCUGCUGGCUUCCCCGCGUAUGAGUGGUGA